GUUAAUUACAUGGCUAUGCGGUGCUGCAAAAACAGUGCCAUGUAAGCCGAGCUUGAGUACAGCAAUGCGCCGUAGAAGAGUCCCUGCCGAAGCCUGCGCAGCGCUGGAACCGCUUGAGCUUGUCCAACCCUCCAGGGCGUUGGACUCCUUGAUCGAGCAUGGCUUGCUGGAGCGAGUUUGCGACCUUUUGCCAGCUCUCGAGGUGGGGCGCAUCUCAUGCGCCAGUGAGCAUUUGCAGGUCUUUGCCAGGGAGGUGGUCCCUCGCUUGCUGGCAGCGCGGUGUCGCCCUGGGCUGAGUCUUCAAACUGCACAUGCCAGCGAGGUCGCAGAGUUUGUCGAUUGGAUGCGUGCGCCUGGUGAUUGGCGCCCUGGACCCAACACUUCGAAACCAUACAAUGUUGCGAAAGAAGGGCGAGUUGCCAGCGAUGAUGGCUCCUGGAUUUUCUUGGAAGGCGGUACAGACUGGCUUGGGUUUCAGGGCUUGUAUUGCAAUUUCUCCACCGGGAGCAAGCCAAGAUGGGUGUCGUUCAGAUUGUGCCUGGAAACCUUGGAUGUGUCCUGUGGAUUUUUUGCGCUGUCGGCUGACAGAAGAACUUGGGGCCUGCAGCCGUUGAUCUUUAUUUUCAACUACCGCGGGAACGACAUGCAAUCGGGGAAGCGUUCUUUUGCUUUACAAACUCAACCAGUGACCGGCGAUUUGCACAUCCUCCAACUUGAAGAGGCACAAAUCUUGGCUGGAGUUGCUUACGAGAUAUCUGUGCACCUGGACUGGGGGCGAGGCCUUCUGGAGCUUUUUAUAGAUGGGGCUGGCGUGUUGCGCAACGUUCCAUUCCAGGCAGAUUUGGUGCCGCGCUACAUAGGCCUGUACAAUUGGAGGAGCCGCGCAUCAUGUGGUUUUUCGGAGAUAAUUGUUGGCAAUGCGCGGCCGUAUCCACAGGCAAAGUCUCAACAUGCGUGGAGGGUCUCCGAAAGCCGCCAGGGCACUGAGCAAGGCACCUCUGCCUGGAGAAGACACAGGAUGUGGGUCAGCCUUCUCACAGCGCUUAUCCUGGUGCUACUUGUUGCCGUUGCAAUCCACCGCACACUCGCGUUGUGAAUG